ACAUUAUGUAUCAGUAAAAAGAGCAAUUGUUUAAGCCAGGGCUCGGAAUUAAUUGUACAUGACAGAAACGGAGCAUUUUCGGAGAUUGCUCUUAAAUAAGAUGCAAGAGAGAUCUUACAAAAGGGAUCUACGAAAAUGCUCUGACUCUGUCAUGUGCAGUAUUUAUGCGAAUUAAAGUUUGUUCUCCAUUUUGGCAACUAUGAACGGCACGGGCUCCUCGGUCCAUAUAUAUUUAUUUAUCAAAUUUAUUGUUUAUUGAUAAAAUUGUCGCUCGUGGGAGAUUGAGCAGUUAGAGUUACAUGGAAAAGCACGUUUUAUGCAUUAUUUCAGAAAUUUUGUGUGAAAUUGAAGGUCUCCAACCUUUCAUAAAAGUCCCUAGGCGUCUUUAAAGAGUUUUUUUUUUAUAUUUCUCGAAAAGAAUAAGCGAGCAAUUAAAAGUAAACGGUGAGCAAUUAUGGGCAAUUAAAGAGCAAUUUUUUGAGCUAUGUUUCAUUAAUAUUGGUUAUUAUGGUGAGCCAGCUUCAGACAGGCCUGAACUUGAACCUGAAGAAAGACCAGAAAGACUGAGACUGGAAGAGAAAUUGUUCGAAGUUCGACUCCUCAACAGUGAAUAUCGUUAUUUUCUUGUAGAUAAAAUUACAAUUUAAUCCACAAUUAUGUCAUAUCUAAAUCAACCCGAUUACGUGCGUUACGUUUGUAAUUGUGGAUCUUUGAAACCAAUAUCACAAACUUAUUUUUGUAGACACUGUUCGAAAAUACGAUGCGGCUACUGUAACUGUCAAGAAAUUGACACACAUUAUUGUCCUAAUUGCAUGGAAAAUUAUCCAUUUGUGGAAGCACGACUCAAGAAGAAUAAAUGUUCAAAUUGUUUUGAAUGUCCUUGUUGCUUUCAUACCUUGUCUACGAGAGCAGGGCACGUGCCCUUUAAGACAGUGCUUCCCAAAGGAGAAGAAUCCAAAGAUGCUAAAACGCCACCAAAGAAAUUUUACUACCUAUUUUGUUCAUUGUGUAGAUGGACUUCUAGGGAUGCUGGUAUUCCUGACCAAACUGUUGCUACCGGUGGUUGGCCUGAACAAGAAAAUCCACAUUUAGGACGAAUUAAUGCCUUAAUUGAUUAUCAUAAAAUAUUGGCUUCCAUAGAGAAGCAAGAAUGGGAGAAGAAGAUUCGACCAAAGUGUCCUUUUAUGCAUGUAAACUACUUUCUUACAAUUUUUAUUUUGAACUCUUAUUUUACUAUCGAAAGUGUGCAUUUGAUUUAUUUUGUUCGACUUCAGGCCUAUUCUAUAAUAUCGUUGGCUCGCAAACGGAUUGUUUAUCCUACACAUACUCCAGGUAAAAACCAAUCUAGCGAUCAACCUCCACCAUCUAUUGCUAGCGAAAAUGUGGAAGAACUGCCAGCAAACAUAUUUACAGACCCAGUGGAUAUAACUAAAAUUACUACAUUGGAACAAAGGUUACAACAUUUGGAGGUUCAAGCGGAAAACGUGAAUGAAUUACGCCCGCAGCGCCGAAAAUAUUUAGUUAAGAGAUCACAACGUUGCAGAGCAUGCGAGCACAGUGUUAAUAAACCAGAUCUCUGCCCACAGUCCACCAAAUUCAAGAUUCAGCUUGCUGCAUAUUAUCAUGUACCAGAGGUGAGAAUUGUUACUUGUGAACCAUUGAGACCAGGUAAAACGAGCGAACUGCUUUUGAAAUUUUGUAAUCCAACUCAACAUCAAACUCAAAUAACACUGCUACCAUUGGCUACACCAAUGACUCCUGUUGAAGUUACAUCCGAGAAAGAAGAUGUAAAAGAAGAAAACGUGCAACAGGAUUCAGAGUCCUCAAAUUUAUUGCCAUCCAUCGUACGGCAAAUGGCUAUUGCGGAAGAAACUAAACCCAUAAAAGUUAUUCCAAACGCGGACGUACUUUUGCCUCAGGCUUCUCUGAUACUUCCACCUAGAGAUGACGCCGCUGAAUAUGAUGAUACAGGCGACACUCAUAACUUUCAAGAUGAUCCUAAACUUUUUAAUUUCGAAUCCUCUACAAAGGCUUGUAGUUUGGCGAAAAGGUAAUAAGACGGUAAUAAAAAUCCAUGUAACUCCAUACAAGAGUUUGGAGGAACACGAAGAAAAUGAACCAAUCAUUAUUGGGUUUGUUAUGCAGUACGAACACGUCAACACAAUUACAACGCUAGAAAAUAAAGCGCCUAAGAAGCUGGAUCUAAAGGUGAAAUUGUAUCUCACUGUGGGAAACAUUGUCGGCAAUGCUUAAUGCAAGUUCGAUUUUUAGUAGAAACUAUUUCAGCAUGAAUUAUGAUAGCUUUCAUAUUAUGUAAUUCGCGGAUAAAAAAUAAUGAACUGAUUUAAAUUAAUUUUCCUUAAAUUUCCUUUAAAAUAUUUGUAUCUUUCCUUAGCAAUAAGAAAUGUUUAGUUUAGAGCAAACCCUAACUGUGUUAUCUAUAUGUUACACACGUCAGGGGAAUACAAAAAUAUAAUGCAAUGAUAUAUUUUUAAA